GAAGCUCAGUUGUCGGGGCUUCCACCAAAGACUGGAGGAUCGAGAAUUUCACAAAUGCGGGAUAGAAUUGCUUUGAACACGUAAAAGAAAGCUAGUUUUACUGAUAUACCAAUGAAAUUCUUGUGUUUUAAUGAUAUUUUAAUACUGAAUGUCUAGAAGUGUUUCAGUAACGAGAUCCGAUCUCUAUCUCAGCGAAGUUUUAAACAAAGCCCGAAGUUUAAAGCUCAGUGACGAGCGUUCAUGCCAAACACGACUUUACCUUGGUUGAUAGACCUUGAUAUAUUCAUCGGCUUUAUUGAACCAUCAAGCUUCAAACUUAGGUUAAGGUGCAUGCAUUAUUUGUAGUCUUCUGAUGACUACUUCUAGCGAAAGUUUGGCGAAAGUGUGGAACGAUGGAGGUGAGUUAUUAUUGCGUGUUUCUUCUCCAUUGUGGUCUGGAAAUUUCACGUGUAAUUUGUUCGAAUGGUUUCGUUUCGUUGUUCCUAUCCCCGAGGUAUUUAACAUAGAGUGGCAUAUCCAAUGUCAGUUUCUUUAUAAAACAUUGGUUAGUGUAUGUAGUCACUUUUAGCCGUGUGAUAGUACAUAUAGUUUUGUUUGAGAAUUUAUGAACAGUAUGGAACUGUAGUUUGUUUUUUUUUGCUUUCUACAGAUAUUGCCAAGAAAUCUCUAACAAACGGAGCUGUUUCUUUGUCAACUAUUGCUGGACAACCACGCGAAACUAUAGCACAACGAACCAUCCCAAACGGACUAAACAAAAUUGAUUCAGAGAAGCACCAUAUACAGGUAUUUUCGCUUCUAUUAACUACGAAGUGCUUGAGGGCUUGAGAUGAUAUCAAAACACGUCUAUACUUGUGCUAUAGUAUUAAAAUGGAUUAGCUAGCAAAUUAUAAUAUUAUUCAAAAACCUGUUACAAAAAGUAAAAUGCUUUUUCUAACAGCAUGGUCUAUUCCUACGAAAUAAAGCUAAUUUUCUUUGCAGAUCACAUCAAAUAUUACAAAUACACUACCACAAACUAGUGUCACUGUAAGGCCUAAAGGUAUGUGGGUAAUUGUUAUCAAUACACGCCAAUCAAAAGUUAGUUAUAAACACUUGGGGGAUGUUUACAUGAAACCUAUAAGGUGGAUUGCAAUCAAUCUCAUGCGAAUUUAACAACAAAAGAACAGCGGCCAUCUUGGUGUUGGAUUCACUGAAAAAUGAGAUUCUUUUGUUGAAAUGCCACCAACAUGGCCGCCGUGACAUAAUGUGCAAUCAACCUUUAUAUAUAUAAAGUAGGGAUGCUUUUUGUCUUUCCAAAGUAAGGGCGCUUCCAUUUACAUGCCAAUCAGACUAGUCAAGUUGCUAAAUGGAAUACCAAACCUUUGUGGUGGGGAUUGGUAUGGCCAGAAAAUAUGGGUUAUAUCACUGUGUUUUGUACACAGUGGGAUUAGGAAUAGGGUUGUGAUUGAGUUGUUCCAGAAAAUAUCCACCCUGCCCCCAAGGAGGAAAUUUCUGCCAUCCAGAGGGGAGAGGAGAAACAUUUGUUUCUGAUAAUAGUAAGUUUAUUAGGACAUCUGAAGGGGGUACGGGGAUUAAUGUUGAAUUUCCUUUGUGGGGAGGUAUGGAUGUUUUCUUGAAUAACCCAUUGGGGUCAAGAAAUAUAUUCAUGUACAAAACAUGAGAGGUUUCUGAAAUAUGGAUCAAAUUAGAAGAGGUUCAUUGUAACCAUGAUGAUUUUACCAAAAUAAUUUGCCAAGAUCUUUACUUCAGUACCCAUUGGGGUAUUACAAGGUUGAUGAUAGUAGAUCAAUUAGUACUAGGCUGUUGCAGUAUUAAAAAAAAAACCCGAUACCAGAAAAAAAUACCGAUAUAUCGAUAUUUUUCCCGAUUGUAUUUUGCUUAAUUUUAUGCAAAAUUUUCUGUUUUCAAAUGACGGCAAACAGCCACAAUAUAACAGUUUUGACUCAUCGGGUGUGAGAUAUUUUCAAUAAAGUGUGAGGCCAGUGAUCAGUAGCCUGUGAAAUGUCCAAUUUGGGAAUUGAAAAUGCAUAUUAGCAUUGAUUAUUGCACUGGAUGAAUCGUGUGAUAUUUUUGGCCGGGAAAUUUGUUUCAAAACAUGUUAUUCAACUGCGAGUUCGAAACAAAUCUCACCAGAUAAACAAUGUCCAAUGAGGUUAGUUUUUGUUUUUCUAAAACAUUUGUAAUCCACCGUUGUUUAAAAGUUCACUUUUUUAGGGGUGCACCGGAUUUGGAAUUUUGAAAUCCGGCCGGAACCGGAUUUACCGGAUUUGGUAAAAAAUUCCGGCUGGAAUUGCCGGAUUUGAGAUAAACCGGUAAUCAGGAUAAAUUGGGAUAAUUCAGUAUUCAAAAUGGCAGUUUAUGUUUUUUACUAUUUUUAGUUAGCAUCAGUUUAGAUUUUUGAUUGUGUUUAAACUUUUUUAAAUAUCUUUUUGUUAAUAACUUAAUAUUUUAUAAUAAUAUUAAGCGCUUUUUGAACUUUAAAGCUGCCAAAUUGAUGGUUUACCCCAUUCUUGGUGAAUUUUUUAAGGUGAAAACAGAAAUUUAAAUCCGGCUGGAUUUUCUCCAAAUCCGGCCGGAUGCCGAAAAAUUUGUUAAAUCUGGCCGGAAUUCCGGCUGGAUUUGAAAUCCGGUGCACCCCUACACUUUUUGACAAGUGAAAUGACGUGUUGCACCUUGCAACGCCAAUGCAAACAAAAACACACGUUUUAGCUCUCGCUCUAACCUUAAUUACGGAUUUUUCGGCAGAGUUAGCACAUUGAUUGUCUUUGUCCUUCUGAAAUAACUCCAAUCAGCACUUGAAAAAGCUUGAUAUGACAUUAAAUCUACAAACGUAAACAUUAUAUCGAUAAUACCGAAAAAUAUCUAUAUUCCGAUACAGCGUAUCGAAAAUUUAAAUAUCGAAUAAGCAGUAUUUAUAAAAGACUGAUAAUUAUCGGUAUAUCAAUUAGAGCUGCUCCCGAUUAAUUGAUUAAUCGAUUAUUUUUCCACAAUCGAUUAUGCUUAACAGUAAUCGGAUGAUCAAUGACACUACACAGCGUGAUACGCGAAUGAGUUAAUUUCUUUCCGGAUUAAAAAAUUGCAACAAGAUUGUUAUUGAAAUAUUAAAUGACAAAGUUAACAUUAAGGGGACUUGCAUUGAUACAAUUCACUCACAGCAUGCAAAGUUUACCAUUCAGUCUGAUCGGGUUUACCAGUGCCGCAAAAAUAUAUUUAAAGGAUUUUAUUUCUAGUAAUUUAUUACCAUUUGCAUCCGAACAGUGUGGCAUGCGGACAUAAACCAAUUAUCCAUCAUAAAAAUUUACUUAGGAGUGUCAAAGGUAAACAACUAAAGUAAAUAUCCUUAAUAUCUUUCGUGUCUUCAUGCAUUUCUUUUGUGUGAAGUUUAAGAGCGCGAGAACAUGCGCAAUCUAUACUUGUGAUUAACGUUUAUUUUAAACACAGAUUUAAAACGUUUAUACUGACUGGUGCAACCCAAAAAAAAUUAAUAAAAAGUUUAAUUACAAUUUACAAAUUUAUCAAACCACCAUGGGCAUGUCAUAUUUAAAUUAAUUAUCAAUACGAUUAAUUGAUAUUAAUCGAUUGUUGACAAUGAUUAAUUGAUUACUAAAAUUAACCAAUGGGAGCAGCUCUAAUAUCGAUAUACCACAACAGCCUAAUUUAAUUUAAUAGUACAACAAUUUGAAAAAAAUAUAAAAUAAAACAAAUCCGAAGAGAUGCAACUUGAAAAUUCAAGACAUGGAUUAACAUUACGACAACAUUUUAUAUCAUUUAUAUCAUGGUGAUAUUUUGACUUUAUUUCAAAGCCUUUUGAAGAAAAUAGCAUGAUAAAAUUAAUGAAUGAAUAUUCUGCAAUGUGAUAUACAUUUUUUUGGUUUACAUUUUGUUUUGAUUAAAUCCAUACGAUUGGUUUAUUUUUAUCACAUGGACUUUUGUAUUCAGUAAUAUGUAAGGGACGGACCAUUUGAUUUUUGAUGGGGGAAGGUGCCUUUUUGAAAGUGCUCAAUUUUUUUUCUGGCCUCAUAGGCUUUGCACAAUAUUUUUUCCAAGCUUUUGUAAUAUAUUGGUUUUACAAAUUUGCUGUGCUUGAUAUUUUUUCAUCAGUUCAGGGCAUGCUCAAUAUUUUUUUUCUGAUUUGUGCCCCUCCUGGGCCAUCAAAUUGUCCCUAAGCACAUGUGUUUUCCUGACCACUCUAUUGACUUUGCUCAGACAACAGGCAUUUGCUCAAAACGUUGAAGUUCUUGUAUGUCUCAUGUAGUUGUUUUACCUGCAAGGGCCACAGUUUGUUCACUGGCACCCACCGUUCUAGAUUUUAACAAAAUGGAUAAUACCCUUAUUCUGAAGCCUGUCAUAUUUCUACCAUAAUUGCAUUUGGCAUUAAUUAAAUUUACUUUGUACUGAAUAUAAAAGCCUCCAGCUAAUAAAAGAUAGCAUCAAUCAUUGCACAUAUUUUUUACAUCAUUUAUGUACAUUGGUGGUGAAAGAGUGGCAGCACUCUCUUGAUGAGUAACGUUGUCUGGUGUAAGACAGAGUAAAAUAAUAAAGUAGGUGCAUCUGGAUGCAUUGCCACAUAAAGGGUGGAUUAUGAAUAUCUGAAACAUUUCAAGUCCAUAUCCCAUUGAGUAGCAGCAAUCUCCUCUUGAUGUGCCGGUAAAAUUGUCUGGCAUUAGACAGAGUAAAAUAUCAGUGAUUCACCGAUAAUCGAUAUCGGGCCGAUUUUUGUCUUAUUGGUAGACAAUCAGAAUCUGUAGAAUAAUUAUCUAUAUUUCGUUAUUAUUUCCACAGUUAAUAGAAUGAGAUAUUUCCGAUUGUCUAAAAUUGAUUGUUGAGAAAAUACGCACUUUUAAAAUGAUAUGCAUUGCACGUUGAUACACGUUGCGUUUUAAUGCAAUAUGUUAAAUUAUUGCGUGAAGCGUGCCAUUUAUUAACCGUUUUAUAGUCGAGUCAAAUCACUAUAAGUACGUGGUCCUGAUCAAAGUAAUAAUAGAUUUUUUUUUCAGUGGUAAAGUGUGAGAAAAGGUGUUCUGAUUAACAUAUUAAAAAUCCCAAAAAAUCGAGUUUUUCUUACUUCUGCCAACAGAAUAGAUUGCGGACAAAAUGUUGAAAUUUUGAAAUUAUUUUUUUGCAAAUAUAACCUGCAUCAUUGGAAAGCUUAGAAAAAACUAAAUAUAGAUCAUUAAACGGUUACCUUGCUUUUGCUUAUCCAGCCGAAGUUAUACCAGAUUUAAAAUGCCAUAAAUUUGUAUUUUGUGCACAUUUUGCGCUAUUUUUGAAUAUAACGGUUUAAUUGACCUUUAUAUAGUUUUGUUUAAGCUUUCCAAUAAUGUAUGUUACAUUUGCCUAAAAAUCAGUGAUUUCAAAAUUUGAACAUUCUGUCCACAAUGGUUUUCUAUAGGUAGUAAGAGAAACUCGAUUUUCACCAUGUUCCACCGAAGGGAUUCUUUUUGGAGUUUUAGUAUGUUAAUUAUAAGUAUGUCAUUAUAGUUAUAUAUAAUUAGUAUGUCAUUAUAAUAUUGGUAUUGGGUAGAUUGUGGCAUGAUGGUAAUUUUCGAUUGCUGCACAAUCAGUCAAUCACUAUGAAAUAUUAAAGUACGGCUCAUCAGGGCACAUUUAUUAGUUUUAACAGCUUUAUUGAACGAUGUUCAAACGGCAAGAUUGCGAAUGGGACUCGAGACCCAUGCGAGGCACUUUCCCUCUUGAAUUUUGUUUACUUCUAAUAUCAUUAUUUACGACAAUAUUAUAUAAAUUGGUAAACAUAUGCCAGCUGAUUAAUAUCUCAAAUAAGGACGCUAUUGCACCACAUUUAGAUUAUCAUGCAUAAUAUAGUAUUUGUAUAAAUGUUAAAAAUUAGAAAGCUGAAUCAGGAUCAGACAAAACCUGACACGAGGAGCUGGUAUAUGUUUACAUCGGAAUGAACUAUUUCUAUAGCAUGAACAGCUACGAUACAAAGACCACGUACAGCACAUGUCAACAUCAAAACUACUACUGUGCACUUUUCUAACUGGUUAUGGUCUAAACCCUUGAAUAGUAACAUUUUCUGGACUUAGAUAAAAUAAUAAAGUUGUGUAGGGUUACAGUACUUAGUCAGAUGAUGUUGUGUUUCAGUUGACUCUGUUGAACAACAAUUUACCAACCCAUCUAUAAUUCCUGCGAAAAUGUCGCCAAUGAUUUUACCAAAAGCAAUGGAAGUAUCACCAAUGGUAGGUUCAGUUUAAAUUUUACUUUACGAAAUUCUCCUUAAUUACACGCUCACAAAAAUAACCUAGCUGACCUUACUUUACACACAGUAGCCAGUACUAGCUGACCUUACUUUACAUACAGUAGCCAGUACUAGCUGACCUUACUUUACACACAGUAGCCAGUACUAGCUGACCUUACUUUACAUACAGUAGCCAGUACUAGCUGACCUUACUUUACAUACAGUAGCCUAUAAACUUGCCAACAUCUUGGCUACUCUACAAAAGGUGUCCGAAAAAAUAAGUAUAAACUCCAACUAACCAACCUAAGACCACUAAUUUUGAAAUUUGCCAUGUUUAUUAUUCUUAAUAACAAUACGCUUUUAUUGAAAGAAAAAUGUGAUGCAAAAAGAAUAAGAAACGGCAAUUAUGUGACUGGUUAUGUAACCAGAAGAAACUAGAAAGUUUUAUUUAUGCACAUAAUCUGUAUUAAAAGCAAAAAUUUGCACUAAAACCACAAGAAAAAUAUAAGAAUUAUUUUUGUCGGAGGUCAAAAACUAAAUGUAGUAGAUUGCUUAUGCCAAUUGUUAUUCAUUUCUGAAGAAACUUGGUAUAGUCAACAUCAAAUUUCUGUUUCUUGUGGUUUCAGUGCAAAUAGUUAAAGAGAUUCUGAGCAUAAAUAAAAAGUUUGUCAGGUCACAUGUAUUACUCAAUAAAUGCCUUGAAUUCUGGCAGCACUCUCCUCUGCAGAUGCUCUUGCAUGCGGACAUGUCAGUGUCCCAGGAUGUCCCCUAUUAGCCCCACACAAUCGCCAACUUCUACUCCGCCUGACCUUUCCUCAGGGGCUGGUUGUUCAAAAGACGAUUAACCUACCCUAGGUUAAUCUGAAACUCAAAGCAAACUCCUGACAGCUUGUUUAUAAAUUUGGAAAUAUUUCUUCAGAAAUCUUGUCUGGAUUGAUAGGAGUUUACUUCUCUGAAGUUUUGAAAAAACAGACGUGCAGAAAUACACAAACCAAAACAGCAUGUUAAAUUUUAACCGUGGGUUAGUUCUAACCCAACUUUGAACAACCGGGCCCAGGGCCACAAAAAAUAUUAAGGAUCUGCUAAGGGAGUGUUAUGGUAGUUGCAGUUAUACAGUAUGACUCACGAAAGGGUAUAGGUAAUGAGAAAUUGAUAUCAUGGAUCUCACCGAACUGUGGCAUUACAGCAAAAAUUAAUAUUGUUGUCACUCCAACAAACGUCUGUGGCCACACGUACAUAUUUUUGCAAGUCUGCAAUUCUAAUUUCAAACGGCCAAUCCCGUUCCUGGUAACAAUUGCUAUAAAACAUUGAUUGAUGAUUUAAAAUUAGAAUUGUAAACAUGCAAAAAUAUCUGGGUGUGUUAUAAACAUUUGUGGGGGUGGAAGUGAUACAAAUUUUUGAUACGAUACUGGUACCACGGUUCGGUGAGAUCCGUAAUAUUGGUGUUAAAUCCUCAUUAUCGGUUCCUCAUUCACCACCAUGUUUAAUCUAUUUAUGAACUAGUUCAAGAUUUGAGCCAUGUAAUAUUGCUCAAAAAGGCAACUGCGUGCCUUUAAAUGGAGAAUGUUGUGCCUGUUAGAAGAAUACAGUUAUCCAUAUGCCAAUAUGGCAGAUUGAAUUGCAUCUACUUACAAGCACCCGCUUCACAUCUAUGUAUACGUAUCUAAUGACUGAUGUACACAUUUUAACUCCCCAUACCGGUCACUGGUUAAAACUUUAUCGUAAUUUUAAUUGUUAGUUAUUUUAAUCUUAUGCAGGUAUUAGGAACACCAUCACCCCGUGGUCAAUUAAAUGUAACUACUCCUCAACAAUAUAUUGUUGCUUCACCUCAUGGCGCUUGGUCCAGGUAAGACAGAACAGAAAAGUGUGUAACACGAGUUGCUCAUGUACAGAUGGUAGUCAUGUAUAUGAAUGUUCUCCUGUUUUAUAGUGGUGAAAGUUUGUCUGGAAGUCGAAAAAGAAGACUGGACAUGGAUGAAUCACCUGAUAGUGCAGAAAGGUACUUACAGUACAUUGAUAAAUCCCUACUGCAACAUUUACUAAUUAAAUGUAUUUAUUUUUGGUAAUCUUUAUAUUACCUACUGUGUAUAAGUUCAAGUAUUUUGUAAAUACAGUAAAUUGUCAUGAUUACACCAAGAUCUCUUUACCAAGUAGUUUAUUUUUAAGCGUGUGCGGCACUUAAUACUAAGAAAACACCAAAUCUUUACUUUUAUGACAAGGAAUAAAUUUUAACUUCAGAGGAAACACGUUUAUUUGAUGAUUAUUCCUUCUCUAACAAAACGUAGACUACCUGAAAAUACAAGGAGAAAUUGCUAAGAUUGCUGAACAACAUUUUCGAACCAACAAUAAUUGUUUACUAUUAUAUCAACAUUGUUGAACAUGUGUCUGUGUGCACAAAAGUGACUAUAAGUUAUAUAAUAAGUAUGCCUUAGUAUUAUAUUUUGAGUCUGUAGUUCUGUUAUGCUGCCCUUACCUAAAGAGAGAACUAAUGUGUCAAUGCAAUUACCUAGAAAAAAGCGUGGCAAACGUAUACUGAGUGGUCCAAAGACUCCAAAUGAUAAAGUAGGAAAAGGACUUCGACAUUUCUCAAUGAAAGUUUGUGAAAAAGUACAACAAAAAGGAACGACGUCUUACAAUGAGGUAAGCACUAGCGUUUUUUAUGCGACUCUUUCAUGUGUUUCAUAUUUCCUUGCACACUAGUUUCAGAAUGUCAUCUUUUUUGUGCUCAUGUAUGUACAAAAAAAAUUCCUUCGUACAAACAUAUGGGAUGCUCUCUGUUCCUUAGAUUAAAAUUGUUGCUAAAUCUCUAAAUUUUUUUGCUCAGAACACAAUGGUAAGGUGUUGUUUUUUCGUAGACACAAAAUCCGAGCGAAAACUUGAUACAUAAAUUUUAAGAACUAUUUACAUGCAUGAGCGGCCGUGUUGUAUCGGAUAAAUCAGGCUUAGUAUCGGAUAAAUCAGGCUUAGUUGUGAAACAUCUUGAUGAGAACAUUCGUAUUCUUCAACAAAAUUGAGAAACUUAAGUUUACUGUAUGUAAAUCAGCAUGAUUUUGUAUCAGACAUACAAAGUCCUUCACGGGACCUCAUGGUUUAUUUUGUUUUUCCUUUCAUAAAUUAUUGAUUAACUUCACAAGUACUAGUUAAAAUUUGACCAGCUGAUCUUUAUGGGCAUUUACAAUGGAGAGCGCGCAGCGCGAGCAAUUGUUAAAUGCCCAUAAAGAUCAGUUGCGAAUAUUGAACGUACUUGUAAAAUGAAUUUAUUUGUUUACUUUAUUAGUAUUCACUGCCCAUAGGGACAGUCUCACGCUUCAUUAGCGUGCUAUUAAAACCUGAAUUAGUAUUGUUAACUUUCAUAAACAUCCAUGCUUCUCAAUUAGUAUUGUUAACUUUCAUAAACAUUGCGAUUUAUAUGCGAUUUACAUUUCGAUUAUAAUGCGAUUUACAAGUGUGCACAUGUGACCUAAAUACCGCGUCGUGAUUUGUUUGUGGUCUUAUUAAUUAUUCAUGAAUUUUACAAGACUAAUUGUAAACCACUCAUCAUCCCAACUGCCUCCCGCGGUUACGUCUUAAAUAUUCAAAUAAUUCCCGCUUGAAAUUCCCAUCCACGAAAAAAAACCUUGGCAUAAUAUUAAUUAACCAGGCUUUGACAAGCAAUCUAUAUGCUUUCCAUCUUAACGAGCUUUCAGUGGAAUUCGUCAAGAAUUGCACCAAAUAUAAUGUGUAGCAAGUAGCUUGUAGGUUAUUAAUCACUGAUUAUUUUGCGUAGGUUGCAGAUGAACUUGUGCAAGAGUUCAGUGACCCUGAGAAACACAUGAGCCAGGCUGAGCAGGUUAGUCGAUAUGAAAUUUAUAAAUGCAAAAAUAUACAAAAAAGUGCAAUAUUGUAUUUGUCAUAAGGAUCUCCGUUUUCAUUUAAAAACGUAAAGCGGAUUGGUCUUCCCAGGGUUCGUAUGGAUGCUUAAAAACCAUGAAAACUCAUGUUGCACACUCAAAAGUCCUUAAAUUUUUAAAAACGUGAAAAGUACUCAAGUUUAAUGAACUUUCCAUUUAUGUACAGGCUAAAGAAAACAUGCAUACUCGGUCACAUUCUCCUUUCCAGACACAUCUGGGUAAAACGCAUACAACCAGUAAAUCAGUUUUAUUUUUGGUAGCAUCAGGUUUUGCAUGAAAUCCAUGGCAAUUUCUCUGUAAAACUACAUAUUUACCCCAUGAAUAAGUGUAAAGUUUAUGUUCAAGUUAGGGAAGAACCGUUCCUAUGAAACUAAUAGUGAGUUUGGCAAAUGACGUGCUCAUCAGCAAUAGCAUUUUCACUCUAAGACGAAGGCGACUAUAAAUUGUAUUCCCUUGAGCAUUCUAGUACGCCGUAGUUGUUCAAACUGCUACGUUAUUUACAUCAUUUUCACGGCUCAUAACCGCACCAACAGUUAAAACGUUAGAAGUCGUAUAUGGCGUGUUUAACGCCAACGGUUGUACUGCGCAUCCAAAAUAUGCGCGAACUUGAAAAACUGUCUGCCAACAAUUAAUCAAGUUAGGAGUGAAAUACGAUAUGCUAUUUAUAAUCCCUUCGUUAUGCAUGCCAUCGUUGCUUGCUUGCUUGACUGCUGCAUCUUUUCCUAUCAUGUAGCAUUAAUUUUAAACGUUUCUUUGCGCCGUUUAUUUUAUCAGCGCCGUGACACUGCCCCUUUAAGGGUUUGUAAAUGUGAUAAGUACUCUUUUAAAGGCCGUUUUCCACUUCAAACGUGUACCGUAUCGAAACGUAUAAAAAAUUUCAAAAUUUGAUUCAAAAUCCGAAAUGUACUCCAAAACAUACGUUACUAAAAUUUGUUGCUAAUGUAUGUUUUGACUCGAAUACAAAAGUGUCCUGUAAAUUUGUUUCUGCCGUUGCCGUUGUCGGUCGCCAAACUCGCUAAUGACAAAACUUUUUUUAAUUAAGCGGUCUUCAACUGGGGACUUCAAAAAUGACUUUUAUGUUUUCGCGUGGUGGUUCGCGUAACCAAUAAGUGUUACAUUUAAUUUUCCCUAAGGAAAGUAGUAUAACCGGAAUCUCGGCUUCGUUGUCCAUUUCUAAAACGCAAAACGCUUUUUGUUCAGACACAGUUUGUGAGUUGUGUAGGUGUCAUUGUUGCAUGUUUGUGUUUGGAGAAGUGAGUUAAAAUCAAUAAACAAGAACAGUUCCUACAUGCUCCUGUUCUGAGACAAUAAACAAGUUCCUGUUCUGAGACAUUCGUGUGCUAUGUUUGUUUAGCAGUAUGACCAAAAGAACAUCAGACGUCGAGUCUACGAUGCUCUCAAUGUACUUAUGGCAAUGAAUAUUAUAUCAAAAGAAAAGAAAGAAAUCAAGUGGAUUGGUUUACCAACAAACUCGGCACAAGAAUGCCAACAUCUCGAGGUAUCGUCACGAUUAUUUUCUUCUUAGUAGGGACUGGUCACAUGGGUAUUAUUUUCAGCCUAGCUUGAUAUUUCAGCCAGGAUCCUGGUGUCAUAAAAAAUACGAUAAACAUGCGUUAUGAAUGAGAGUUAAACGUUUUUUGCACGAAGAACAUGAUGACUAGUAUAUUAAUUUAUUUACAUGGCGUUAUAGGCGGAAAGAGCUGAAAAAGUAGCAAGGAUUCAACAAAAAACUGCACAACUACAAGAACUAAUUUUACAAGUAAGUCAUUAAUAAUAUAUUUAAAAUCCUGUUGCUGGAAAACUACAUGGCAAACUUUGUUCGAAUAAAAUAUAGGCUUGAAUGUUUUAUACCAUGAAUUGAAAGUUUACUGGGUGUUUUUCUGUAGCAAAUCGCGUUUAAGAACUUGGUAAAGAGAAAUAAGAAAGUGGAAGAAGAAAAAGGACCACCUCGAACAAACACUACAAUACAUCUUCCUUUUAUCAUCGUCAACACCAGCAAGAAAACUGUCAUUGAUUGUAGCAUUUCAAAUGAUAAGUAAGUUCCAUCUAAUUUCCCUCAAGUAUCAACUGUAGUUCACCUCGUAAAGGCGAUACUCAAGAAAGGGUCAGUCCAUCUUUUGUAUGGUCUUCAUGUAACUUGAUCUCUCACUAUCCUCUUAAGUCCAUCAUUCGGUCCUAUCAUUCCUCCCCCUACAUCAUUUGCCUCUUACAUGUUCCAUGCUCUCUUACCCAAUUUUCUAGCCAUUCUAAUCAAGUGUACAAACCAUCUAAUAACUAAUUCUUGCUUCUACUUUCUUGAGCUGCUUUUGUAAGAUGUUCACGUAGUGGUCAGUGGUAGAACUUUCGGUGAGGGGGGGGACAACAGGUUGGGGUUUGGCUAAAAUCAGCCAAAUUUGAGUGCAAAUGAGGAGUUUGUAGGAAUUUAAGGACGUUUGCCCCACCAUCGGAAAAAUUGAAUUUCCACUACGAUUUUGUGCAUGAAGUUCUGCUUAUAUUUUCACAUUUUUCAGGUAGUUGUAAAUCUAUCUGGCCCCCAUUAGGAAUCUGCAAGUUGACCCCUUCGUUUGACUGAAUUUAUCCCGCAAAUCUUUUAUAAUCUCUGUGUGUAUUCCCGUUGCCAUUCAAUUCACGAAUGCCAAGUUACCAAUUUUGAAAAUUAUUGAUGUAAGUGAAUGGGUGAUAUAAACAGGCGUUGGAUGAUCUGGCCUAUUAUUCUGCUUUUUGAAGAGCUGUUAUGCCUUGUUUUUUCUAGGUUCGAAUAUCUUUUCAACUUCGACAACAGAUUUGAGAUUCAUGAUGAUAUCGAAGUAUUAAAAAGAAUGGGAAUGGCGUUCGGAUUAGAAAAGAAAAUUUGUAAUGACGGUAAUAUUGAGUUGGCAAAAACCAUGGUGCCAAAAGCAUUAGAACCUUACGUAACAGGUGAGGUGAUGUGAUCCGGUGCAAUUUUAUAACAGUAGCCACACACUUACCCAGGCCCUUUUAUUGCUGAAUUUUCGUAGCUAAGCCUGCUUUGUCUUCAUUUGGUUGUCGUAGAAAUGACCAUCUCCAGGAGGUCAAUAUAAUACAGCGUCGAUAUAUUCCUGCAAUCUGUUAAGACUGAUUUGCAUUUAUAAUAUAGCAUUUGUAAUUUCUGAACGCUGAUUGGCUAAGAGCCGUGUUGAUAUAACUCAAUGUUAACACGGAAACGUCGGAAAAUUUCUUUCUUUAUAUUUCUUUGUGCUAUAUUAUAAAACAAAUAUAAAACAUUUUUUCCGUAUUGAUAUACAGUUAUAUCAACACUCAUGAAAAUUGGGAAAACUCGAAAUUGUGUGAAAACACUCCGCCCUUCGGGCAUCGUGUUUCCACACAAUUUAUCGUUUCCCCAAUUUCCACUCGUGUUGAUAUAACGGAAUAUCAACACGGAAAAUGUUUUAUAUUUGUUAAACAUCGCACGACAGACAAAAUACAGUAGAUCAAGACUAUUUCACAUCGGCGAUCAUCCGCGCCAGGCUUGAGCCUAUUAUCAAAUUUUUUUAUAAAAAAAAAUGAAAUUGGGAGGGCGGUUUCCCCAAUGGCCUCUUCGCCACAUGUUUUACUGGAUGCCGUGUCCAUUUUGAUUUGCAAAUUUAUUCCAUUCAAGUGUAAGGAAAACUAAAGCAGAUAUAUGUUGUAUUUAGAUCUUGCCAAGAAUGGACCGUCAGGAUUGGGAUCAACUGGUAUUACACCUGCAACUCCAACGUAAGUCGUUUUCUUGCGUCUUGUUCAAAUACGUCUACAUCAUAUCGAGCUCAAGCUUUUAGAAUUCUUUUAUGGCCGAUUACUAAAUAAAAAAACUCAAUCCUGAAUUGACUUUUGAAACCGAAUCAUCUCAUCAAAUGUGCAUCCAAAAAACGACGUAUGAACUUUCACUUAUGUAAGUGUUAGUAUACAAUGACUUCGCACCCUUCCGGGUCUGGCCUGCAAAAUCGACCUAGAAAUAAUCCUAAAUGUCUUUUACAAAAAUGCUUGAAGUCGGUUGUUACUGUUUUAAUUAAUCUAUUAUUUUAAACUAUGUAAUUUGAACAGGAAACAAGGUUCACCGAAUUCGCCAUGUACAGUCCACACUCCAGUGAAAUCAUCUCCAUUAGCAAUGCCACUAACUGCCACAUCAGAACCUGUUGCCAACGGAGUGCAAACACCUUCUGGUCAGCGGGCUACCACGCCAUCACUAAGUUCAUGUCCAUCGUCGCCGCCGGGAACUCCCCACACUGACUCAGAAUCAUCACGUGAUGGCUUUGGCGAUGGAGACGCCACACCCAAAUGAGAAUGUAGAGACUGUAAAUUACAUCUGUCCUGUAACCGCACAAAUCAGAGAUUUUGCGUGCACUGUGAAGUAUAUCUAAGCUAUUUGAGCAUUGUGCAGCAAGACAAGUUUAUCUAGAAUUAUUUGGGUAUUACAUGUAGAUAGAAACCGGGCGUUUUUUUAGGGGAAGGAAUUUGUUUUCAGUUUUGUAUUGUAUACUGAAAGAAUUUUCUAUAUAUAUAUAUAUAUAUAUAUCCUUAUCUCAGGAGCUGCUCGAAAGUGCUCGUCUAGUGCUGUGUAUUAUAAACUUUACUGAAGUAUACAAUAGUGUCUGAGGUACCAAAAAUCUUCCAUUAACAGAGACACAAUUUUUUGUGACCAUGUAUUUGCCACCAAAUUCCCAAAACACUUAACUACAAAGUUCUGGAAGAAUUUAUACGGAGAACUAAUGCAAUGAACAACCCAGUAUACGGGUACAUGUAUACAUUAGGCUACAUUUACAUACCGACUGCUUGAUGGUUGGUGUUACGAGACUUGUUACGAGUUGUUGUAACAUCUUGCUAUCGUCCUGUAUUUCAACAACUGAUUAACAAGUUGUUGGUGACGACCUUGGAUUAAUGUAAUACAAUUGCUAGAGCAACUAUUAGCUUGUGGAUCCGAUAGAGCAUCGAGUGUAAACAAGAAAAGUAAUGAUCAAAAGGGGUAGACGGUGAGGGAGUUUACAAGAUAAUUCAAAUUGAAAAUUUCAUUUGGGGUUCGCGUUAAGGUCAGGGUUAUAGAGUAAUGUUUGUUGGGGUUGUUUCGUGUGCCUGAAAAGAGCUGGUUUCUUGAUCGUUUCACGAUCUUGAAAACCGGCGGCCAUCUUGAACCUCCCUGUCGUCUAUCCAGUUUAACAAUGAUCACAAGAACCCGGAUAUUAACUAAACUGUAAGAAAAACUUAGAUAUUGAAGGAAGUGUGGAAAUGUCACGAGGUAUACUUACAUAUCAAACACUCGUUGACGUGCAACAUAUAUUCUUGUAAUAUAAAAGAAGUAAAUGUUAUGGAACGGUAAUACGUUCGAAAUGUGUUUCUUUCAAAAUAUAUAUUUCUCAUGUAAAAGAAAAUAAAUGAAAUCAAGAAC